GGAGAUAUUUUCCCAUCCCAGCUUUAUAUGCUGCUAUGCUCUCUGCCUUCGUUUGUGGCUAUCACGAAAGUCUUUUAGUUUUGUAUUUCUUUACUUUCCUGCGUUCGAGCUCAGUGUUCUCUCUCUAUCUCUCAUUUUCUCUCCUCGACUUCCCCGGGUCGCCUUCGAAGCCGAUCUCGAAGUUCAGACUCUUCACCGUCAAGAAGAAACGGCAUGAAGAUUUUAGGACCGGCUGAUGGUUGCUUGCGACCCAAACGUGGAAGACUAAAGAAAGUAUUUGUGGACUGUCGGGAUAGGAGGGAUCGGAAAGACGAAAUAACUGUGGAUGAAAGCUUUAUCAAGCCUUCCCACGCCACAUGGGUAGUCAUUGCUAGAGCUGGUUGCCAAACUUGAGCAAAAUGCAAAUGGACAAAGGCAAGGUCACACACAGAACGAGUGGAUUGCUCGGACCAGGAGCAUCUGCAACAUGGUCAGGUUUGACAGAUGGCUGGAUAGUUGCAAUCUGAUAUUUGUUCCCAUCCACUCUGGGAAUUUGGGGGAACUAGGGGGCCACUGGUGGCUCCUUGUUAUAGACCCGAGGAGGCAGGUUGCAGAAAUCUGGGACAGCGCACCAUCGACAUCAAGUCUGCCUGUUCGUACAAGGAUGGCAUACAAUGUGCUCAGCCACCUUCAAGAAACAGUAAGUGGGACACUUCCAGGCCAUGACUUUCAACAAUAUCGUACAGUGACCCCUGCAAAUGUUCCAAUACAGCCAAAUGGGUUUGAUUGCGCCAUAUUUGUCAUUCAACACAUGCACAUGCAGUACUAUGGGACACGUUGGUGGAUAGACUAUCACUCUGAUGAACAGAGAAGCGGAAUUUUGCUACAGUGCAUGAAGUCACCUGCCAGCGACAUACAUGAUGAAGUCCGGAGAAGGGCAGAUGAUUAUUACUUCGGUAGACUAUGUUAGUAUUUGUUAGAGGACUGCUCUCCAUGUUAGUAUUUGUGUUUUUAGAGUUCAGACAAUUUGGGUAUUUUGGCGGCAGUUAACCACUUCGUUCAACUCACUUGAGCACAGUGUAGUUGUAUUUUGAUUGCAAGAUGGACACCAAUUGCAUCAUUCUUUUGCUGCAACACUUUAUGCUCAUAUGCUGUGUCGGGCCGAAACAACAAGGAGGUUAGUGGAACUCUGAUAGUUUGGAGUUAUGUGUUGAUUUUUGUAGGACAAGUCUCCCCAAGAUUGUUUGUAAUGUACCUACCCGUUUGAAACUCCAUUUCAUAUUAUUGUAAAAGACUGUUGUCAUCAAUUCAAGCACACAUGAUGGUUUACUGC